AUGAAGUUCUCUUCCAGCUUCAGUGCAAUCGUCGUGGCCUCGGUGGCCACCGCACACCUCAGCAGCGCGGCUCCGAUCAGCACGCGCGACAUCGUCCAAGGCGCUUCCCAGGGCGUCUCGCAGCAAGGCUCGGGCGGACCUGUGUCUCAGAAGAACUCGUCGGAACAGAAAAGCAUUCAGGGCGUCAAGGUGACCAAGGACGACUCCUUCUUCGUUCCUUCGCAUGCCCAUUCUCAGGCAGCGCCUCCUGCCGCAGCUGCACCGGCGAGCGAGAUCCUGGGAUCUGACGGCCACGGCAACCUCUAUUCUCGUCAGCUGAUGGGACUUCUUGGAGACCAGGGUGCCAAACAGCAAGCUUCGGCCGAUGGCCGUGGCGGAAAUUCGCUCCAGGAACAGCUCAACAAGCCUGUUCUCUCUGGCUCCGGUAACUCGCUCACCGCCGGCGGCCCGACGUCGGCCACAAAUGACGGACAAGGCGGUAGCAUCGAGCAAGGGCUGAAGCAGGUCCAGGACCUCGGCGGUCUUCUGAGCAAGCGCCUCCUCGGAGCACAGGGCGGCAAGCAGGGUGCCAGCGCCGACGGCUACGGAGGCAACUCGCUUCAAGGCCAGCUCAACAAGCCGGUUCUUUCCGGUGCUGGCAACUCUCUCACCGCAGGCGGCCCUCAGGCUUCGCAGAACGAUGGUACUGGUGGCCAGAUCCAGCAGAGUCUCGAGCAGAUCGAAAGCCUGGGAGGCCUGGUCAGGAAAGAGCUCCUGGGCGCCCAGGGUGGCAAACAGGGUGCUAGCGCCAAUGGCUACGGCGGAAAUUCUGGUCAGCUUCAGAGCAACGUGCCUGUGCUGUCUGGACACGGCAAUUCGCUCACUGCCGGAGGACCGCAAUACGCUCAAAACAAUGGUCAGGGUGGUUCCAUCACCCAGACUCUGGAUCAGGUUCAGAGCCUGGGCGGCCUCGGCAGGCGACAGGCGUUCGCCGAGGGUCACCAACUUGGUUCGGCGAACGGCUAUGGUGGUCACUCGCUCCAGGGUCAGGACAAUGCACCCGUGAUCAGCGGCUACGGCAACUCUGUUACCGCUGGAGGACCUCAGUAUAGCCAAAACAACGGAAACGGCGGCUCGGUGAAGCAGUCUCUCGCCGAAAGCUUGGGCCAACGUCAGCUUGAGGCGCUCGGCCUCCAGGACGGUCGCGCGGAUGGCUACGGAGGCCAGAGCGUUCAGUAUCAAAGCAACCGUCCUGUAGUAAGCGGCUACGGCAACUCCGUCACCACUGGUGGUCCUCAGGGCGCCACCAACAACGGACAAGGUGGUACCAUCGACCAGGGCCUCAAGCAGCUCUUCGCUCGCGGAUACCAGGGCCUCGGUCAGGGCGUCGGCCAGAGCAUCCACCAGUACGGAUCCGCCGAGGGCAAGGGUGGCAACGCUUACAUCUCGGGUGCCGAUGGACCGACUUCUGUCAACACCUCGGCGACUGGCGGCGCUGUCAACCAGUACGCCAGCGGCCAACAGUCGGGAGCUCAGUCUGCCACACAGGGAUACCAGCAGGACCACAUCGACUAUUUCGGCUCCGGCUACUUCCGCCGAGAGCUGCAGAGCGCAGGUCAGGACGUGGAUCAGGGUCUCGAGCAGUAUGGCAACGCAGCCGCUCAUGGAGGCUCUGCCUAUAUUGCUGGCAGCCGCGGACCUACGCACGUCAACACCGGCGCUCAGGGCGGUGUCGUUACGCAGAACGCCCAGGCUGACCAGCAGAGUCAACAGAGCGGAACGCAAGGUGCCGCUGAUGGCUUUUACGACUACUUUUCCGCCCGCGGUCUUCAGUCGCUUGGACAGUCGACGGCCCAGAAGACGCAGCAGGCGGGUGCUGCCGAUGCUGCCGGUGGCCCUGCCGCAAUCGCUGGCUCAAAGGGCUUCACUGACGUCGACACGAGCAGCCAUGGCGGCGCCGUAGCCCAGAACGCGACGAGCAACCAGCUUUCAGAUCAGAAGGCAGGUCAGAGCGACGAGCGCAUCUUCUACAAAGCCUUCUACCCGCGCACCGACACGGACGUGAGCCUCUCGCAGGGCAACGCGCAGAACAUUUACACCAACGCGGAAUCGAACGCCCACUUGACGGCUUCCAACGCCGCCGAACUCAAACAUGCAGGUGCUUGGAGCCAUGAGCCUACCUCGUUCGACGCAGCGGAUGCCAGUGCCAAGACGGACGACAUCUCGCAGAUCGUCGGCGCCCAGCAGAACAACACCCAGACGGCUGAGCAGCACGUCAAGAGGUCCAUCCCUUCCUUCGGCGCUCUCCAGAAUGCGAAUGCCGACGCUCGGGGCGGCGACAGCCUGGACUUCCAGCACAACGGCAAGGUAGUCGAAGGCAACGGGAUCAACAGCGUCCAGGGAGGCCCUCAGACCUCCAACGGCUCGGCCCAGGGCGGCCGCCUCUCGCAACUGCUCAACUUCUGA